AUGAAGUAGAUAAAUUUCUUGUAGGCAGGAGCAAUACGUUACCCAAGACAGUGGACAUUCUUUACACACGUCGAAUUCCGGAAACAUUUUUAUCUGCAGGGCUAAUGUCAUCAUUUAAUUGUUGGUCGAAAAAGUAUUUCAGGGAACUAAAAGAAUCUUACAUAUCCGCGGAACUAGGUUAUGAUUCCCCCAUAUUCGAACCCUUUCACUGUGCUUUACGAAAAUAUACAACUCUAGGUCUUUUAGAUAACCGAAUGGAAGAAUUUAACGUGCGCAGAAACCCAAUUAUACUACCCAACGAAACAACAAUGGAAGAACCUAAAAGUUGCUUAAAGCCUAUUAUCUUCAUCAAUAUCGAUAUAUCGCAUACACAAGUCCAGACUGUUUUUACAUACCUAGAUAAAGGUAGACAAGUUGGACAGAAGCAAAAUUUUGAUUGUAAUAUGCGACCUUUGAAUAGUUUCAUCGAGCAAUCAGAAAUAUAUCAAAGGCCAGUACUACACAUAUCAAAUAGACUGAAGUUGGGUUUAGAAAAGAUUUUUGGUGACUAUCUUCAAAUAUACUUAAGUUACAAAAGAAAUGUGAAAAAAAGAUUGCCAGUGAGCCCAGAAUCCGGACUACUUGGCCAGGCUUUCCGAGACAUGUGGAAGAGAAGAACUUCAAAUAAUGAUGAAGGGAUAAAAACAAGCAAAACCCCGCUAAAGGAAUUCAGAAAAUUAUUUGCCUCCUUAGAUCCAAACUUAUUUAAAGAGCUUAUGGCAAACAUUGAUUUGGACGAUCUUUUUGCGUCGAAGGAUAAAUUUGGGGAUGCGGAUAGCGAGUCAUUUACUACAUGCCAUCCAGGUUACAUGUAUUUUUUUGUGAUCACAUAUCUGCACUGUCUCAACAAGCAGAUAGAGGAAAAAUUAGAAAAUACUGUAAGAUUGAGUUGGAGAGCCAACAAAAUUUGGUAUGGUGUCUCUAUUGAUAAAAAAUUAUUGGAUACUGUAUUCGGGUCAAUAAAGAAAUUGGAAAAAUCAUUCUUUGCAAGUGGAAUACUCGGGAAGGACGACGAACUUCGAAAAGCCAAAUUCUGCACCCGUGGUGAAGAAAUUCUACCAGCUAUCCAACACAAAUAUGAACAUUUGGACUUUAGGUUGAAAACACACUUUGUUGUUGCACAGAUAUCUUCAAAGCAUAUUCAACUCAGUUUGCAUCAAGUGGUCAAACUGGCAUCACCCGGAGAAGAUCCAGCGUCCAUCAUUAUUCAGGAUGAAAUGAUACAUAUCAAUGAUGUACAUGAUACACUUUGUAAGAGUAUUAUGAAGAGCCUACAAAUCAAUUGUCAAGUUGGCUAUUGUACCACGCACAAGAGUCAAGUAGAUACACAAUAUGAUUUCCAGUCAUUAGAGAUAUAUAACAAUAUUUAUCAAAAUUUAAAACCAUGCGUUGUUGAACUUUUCGAAAAUAUCAAGUCAAAUUUGGACAUGGAUUCCAAAAUUCAGCUGGAUAUCAACACGAAAUGUGGUUGCAAUAUAAGCAUAUUUCUUCGUGAUAUUAUUGAAAUAGGCCUUAUGUCAGUAAUAGAAGGUGUAACAACAGAUAUAUUGGCUUCUUUGGACAACACAGAAUUAUUUGGAAACUAUGUACCGAAUUAUAUUUUUGUGUUCGGAAAUCCGUUCAAUCUGGCGCAGGGUUCAAAGAUCCACAUAGCAUAUACCAUGCUUAUGCAAAAAGCGAUUGAUGACGGUGUAUAUAUUAAAGAAACAGAUACAAAGACAUUUGUAGUAGGAGAAUUUAUUUUCCAAUUACUGGGGAUGUUUUUAUCUGGAAAAAAGCCUUACAUGUUUGAUAGGUUUGUCACUGGAACUUUGUGCCGAGUAUCAAGCAAUACAUACGGGAUGCGGAUUUCAUCUUUAAACGGCUUUAUCCCUUUAACACUACUAAAUGGUGAUGGUGAUAUCAAAAAUACUAUUGCAGAUGACGGUAGUUAUAUGGUAUUUAUUCAGAAAGGGAAGCCAGUUCCAACAAAAGGGCUUAUAAUUCAAAUCAUUGAAGAAGAUAAAAUUCUUCAAUUAGAAAGUUCAACCAGUACUGUUCCGGACAAGUAUACUCUAUUGCACGGCGACACUCCUGGUGUAACUUAUGAAUUAUUCUCCUUUUAUUUGACGGGUAGUUAUAUUAGAACAUAUGUGGUAGAUUAUGAGCAGAUUAGCUAUAAUAUAUCUAUCAAAAUAUCAAGAGGAUGUAUGGGCGAUAUUACUGACUAUAUUUAUUACUCUUAUUACAAAACCGAAAAUAUCAUGGAGCCAUUGACACUCGCUUAUAUUUAACAUAUCACUGCCUUCAAUAAAAUCAACCUAUUUUUAAACCACCGUUUUAAACCUGC